CGUAACCAUGACGACGUUAACUAUGACGAUGUUACAAACUCAAAUCUUCGUUUAUACUUUACGGCAAAAAAUAUUGUCAUUUUGUGCACAUUCAAAGAAUAUUUUUAAAGAAAAUAGCCAAAUCUGCUUUUGAGUAACACUACGCUGGCUUCAUGAACUAUGACUCAGGUUUUGAGAGAACAAAAUGAUUUCACGCCGUGUUCACCAGCAAAGACGAGCAACAUCAGUUCCCAUUGGAACAUUCUCAAAUCUUUCAUCUAUGGUGAUGAAGAAGACAAUUUGGAAAAUGCAAAAGGUGUUGAUGAUGAUAAAUUUCCAAAAUCAAUCAGUCAUGGAAUUCAUCUUGAGGGAAAAAUCGAUUUUAUGAAGUUAUUUAAAACAGAACUUAUGUUUGUGAUGCUUGAUCCAUUGAUGGAGAAAUUUGUCAUGUUGAACAAAGAAGGAAAGAUCGCUUUAGUUACAUCAAGUGGUUUGCCUCAACAAUUUAAAUCUGAUGAAUGUUUUAAAGGCAUGAUAUUUUCAUCAAAAUCAAGACAGUGUAUCUGCUGGAAAGACAAUCAAUUAAAGCUUUUCAAUGAAUCUUUCAAAGCAGUUAGCACAUCAUAUUCUGUGAGUGCUGUUGAAUGUGCAGUUUACAAUAAAUCAACAAAUGAAGUUCUGACUGGAGGAAAUGAAAAUGUUACUUGUUGGAGUUUCCGUAAUAGAGGAAAAUUUCUAAUGGCUCGCAAAAUUAUUACGGAAAAUCUUGAAAACUGUACAGUUUCUGCUAUAUGUUUGGAAGAUUCGCUGAGCAAGAGUCAAAGAUGUUUUAUAUCAACUGGAAAUAGUAUAGCUUCGUUUAAUGUACUUGAAGGAAAAUGCUUGUUGUUCCUAAGAAAUAGACAUGUUCAAGAAAUUACAUGUCUGGUUUUUUUUAAUCCACUGAAGUAUUUGAUAACUGGUGCAAAAGAUGGAUCUAUUAAAGUAUGGAAUGACGAUGGAAGUUUGGAUAGUGUUUUCAUUGGUCAUCAUAGUCGUGUUAAUGGCUUAGCAAUUUAUCCAUUUGGAGAGUUCAUUAUUUCUGCCUCGAGUGACAUGUCAUUACGUCUAUGGAGCUUGGAAGCAAAAGAUGAAGUAAACAAAAUCCAAUGCAACGCUAGUAUUAACGGCGUUGGGACAGUUGUAGGACAUAAUAAUCUUUAUUCCUUUACAUCAAAAGGAGUUGACAUUUGGAAAAUCAAACACAUUCAUACUGCUGAGACUUUUAUUGGUUGUAACGUAAAGAAGAUGAAGCAGACAACUAAUCCUAAGUAUCCCCUGCGUGUUCUGUGUAUUUGUGCUGAUGCCACUGUCCGAGUAAUUUCUGGGAGGUCUGGUGACGUUUUAACAACGUCACUUGUGCCUGAUCUUACAACGAUAAAAGAUGCAGUAUACUCAGCUGAUGAAGAUUUAUUGUUCACGUUGUUAAUGAACGGUAACAUUCUGAAAAGUUCAACAGUCACCAAUCCAAGUUCAUUAUUGGAAACGUGGAAAUGCGAUGACAUGAAAUUUUCUUGCACAUGUUUGUGUCUUUAUGAAUACAUAAUUAAGGAUUUUUUUUCUGACACAACAUGGAAUUACAUGAUCCAAUCUGCAAAAACUAGACAAACAAGAGAAAAUGAAGGAAAAACGAAUGACAAGGACAGAACCCUAUUGUUGGGUGGAUGUCUUGAUGGAAGUAUUGUUGUGUUUGAUUGGAAAGAUACCAAGAAUAAUGGAAAAAUUACAUUCAAUAUUGAUGCUCAUCAUGAUGAAAUAAUGAAUAUCAUUUCAAAUCCCCAAAUUAAUCAAGUUGUUUCAUGUGGUUUGGACAACACCAUCAAAGUUUGGCGUCUAUUUCCUUAUGCAGAAGAAGCUUUGGCUCCAUUAAUGACACUUUAUUUUGAUGAACAACCACGUCAUGUGACUGUAUCUCAUCAUAAACUUUUGGUUGCUCGAUAUCAAAGAUCACGUGCUACAUACGUCACGACUGUGUACAAAACUACACAAAAAGAGCGUUAUGACCAUGGGAGAGAAGACGACCAUAACGACGAAGUUGUCAGUGUAAGCAGUUGUUCAAAGUUGAGGUUAUUUGCAACAGCCAGUAUCGAUGGAACAAUUCGUAUUUGGGAUGAAAGCAAUUGUUUGAAAACAAUCAUCAAUCUGAAUGCCACCCCGUCUUCAUUGUCCUUCUGUAGCGAACGUGGUGACAUUUUGGUCGCCAUUGGUAACAGCCUCAACAGAGUCAAGUAUGCCACGUAUCUUCCACAAUCCUACGUGUAUCGUAUGGUAAGUAUGAGAUUCAAAGAAAGAUACAAUGAUCCUGUCAUUCCAAUCGAUAAAAAAAUACUGAACACGUUGAGUGCUGCUGACCAGGAGCGUGUUACCAAAGCUUGUUCUUACGCUUCAACUCUGAUUUAUUCUCCUGAUCCCAUGGCUGAAGAUGAAACUCAAGAAAAAAAAGAGGAAGCACAGCGUAGAGCUGACGCGUUUGAGAAAAUCGAGAAAAGAGAAAACGAUCUUCAUAAAAUAAGAGAUGGUAAAUUAAGAAGUUCAAAAAAAAGACAGGAACUAGACGAAAAUUUAAAAAACGAAGCAUUUGAAAAAUAUUUUUCGUUAUUUCAUCAACAAACAUUUGUAAAUUUUCCAGAAACAUCAGACGAUAAUGACGCUUCAAUGUAUAGAGAUGAGGAUAUUUAUGUUCCUGACGUUGAGCCGAACGGAUUUUUUAAGAUUAAUCAUCAGUUACCAUUACAGUACAAAACUUCUCCCGAUGAGGAUUUGGAUGAAGAAGAAAUACCAGAUAUAUUGAAAAGAAUCAGAUCUCACUCGUUGCCAAUAAUUAAUGAAAAGCAACCAAUGUAUAACAAGGAGAAUGCUGUUUUAGAGGAUAGCAGUGUUGAAAUGCCUUCGAAAAUGAAAAGAUUGUCAUCUUUAGGCAUAGAGGAAAAAAGCGACGAGAAAAAAAGUAAACGUAAAGGCAGGAACAGUCAACAUAAGUAUAAAAAAGAAAUCAUUGUUAAAGGACCUUAUCCAAUACCGCAUGACGCAAUGAACGAUGUGUCACGGAAAUCAGCUGCUGUCGUAGAAAAGGAUGAUAGUGGAUAUGAAGAUAUGUUGAUUGCACCUGACGGAUUUAUCCCUAAUUCUGUUGUGGUUGCGAUAUUUGAGGAAAUGAGAAAAAAAGAUGAGAUCAUUAUUAAAGAAGACGAAACAAUUCCGUACAAACCACCUCAGUUAACCGUAGCUCAACUCUUAGAAAUUAAAAUGAAUGCCGUUGACACCACUUCUUCGGAAAUAAGUUUUGAUGUUUCAACAAAACCCAAUAGUGAAUACGACGAGCAAUUACGUCGUCUCUUACAAGAUACGCCAUCAACAGAACUUUUAUCUGACGAUGAACCUAUAUUGCCUAACAGCCCGCCUCCCGAUUUAACGAAACCAACAGUACCAGUUCAAACAGCCACCGAAUACUUUGCAUCAAAAAUGCCUUUCAAAGCUCCCGUGGUUCCCCCGGAAAAAAAGAUUUCAUUUAUCCUCGAUGCAGAGAAAGAACCGAUUGUUGUUACAGAAAUGGUAGAGCCUUCUGAGGAAGAACAAGUUGAAACUUUGAUAAGAAUACCUUCGUUGAAGAAUCAAGAAUCUCUUCCAAAUUUUAUCGCUCAGUUCAAGGGACAAAAAUGGUUUGAUGAGUUGUUUCCAAAUGCCAACCCGUUGACAUUUCCGAAACCUUGGACGGUUGAUGCGUUUAUUAGACUUCUGUUGAUUUUUCUUUCAAAAAGUCCAGACUACGAGAGAAAGAAGAACAUCUGUACAGCAAUAAGCUUCCUCCAUGGUCAAGAAACAAUAGAGAAAGAUUGUAUACGACAAACAAUAAUUACUUUAACACAAGAACUCAAUCUAUAUAGGGAAGACACUUUGGAAGAUAGUCAUUUUCGACAUUUUGUUCGAUCAUCCUUACAACUUUUGAAAAUUAUGAAAAAUUUUACAACGGGUGUUGUUGCUUUAUUCAUGUCACAUUUCAUACUUGGAGAUGAAGACAUGAGAUCGUUUACAACCAAGAUUUUUACCGAGAUUAAAGUUGAAGAUGUUGGACGUUACUUUCUUCGAGAGUUGGAUGAAUUUGAUGUUUGGGGAGUACCAGAGCAUACAAUAAAAGUCACGUGUACAGGCGUGUAUAGAAUGGUUAGAUAAAUGGCUGAAAGAACUCAAAAGUCAUAUCAAAUCUCUGACGGAUAAAAUCCAACGAGCUCGUACUGGUCGCGUUGUCAGGGGAACUAAUUCUUUAAAAAAAUGGAAACAGAUGAAAGGAAUUUUAAAGAAAAAACAUGUAAGUACUUACAAGUAAACAAAUACAAGAGAUAUUUAUUUGAAAUCGUCUGAAUGCAGAUAAAAAAUCGCACACAUAUGAGGCGACCUUCGAUUUAUCACAACACGCACAGCUACUAUUCAUCAAACCAACUGCUAACACAAA